AUGGCGUCCGCUACAACACUGCCAGACACCGGCUUUGCCUGGCAGUACACGGACACCAGCCACGGCAUCGAGUCGCACCUCGUUUUCGACGCCUCAGUGCCAAUCCCAAAGGCCAAACGGCAGACACCCUCGACGCUUGUCCGCGUGCUAGCCGCGUCGCUGAACCCCAGCGACUACAAAGUGCCAGAACUUGCCUUCGCGGGUCGGCUGGUGAUGGGCCCGCCGCCCAUCACCCCGGGCAAAGACUUCGUCGGUCGCAUUGUCGACACCACGGCCCCCGGUUUCCAGGCUGGCGAUCUCGUCGUUGGUACGACCUGGAACGGUGCGCUGGCCGAGUACGUGCGCGUGCCUACUGGGCCCCUAAGUCAUAAUGCGCUCGUCAAGGUUCCCCCCAAGCUGGCAGCCGCCGUGGAGGCAGACCCGCGCCUCCUCGCUGAGCUCCCUGCACUAGCGGGCGCAGCGCUUGGCGGCGUCGGAACCUUCACCGUGCAGCUUGCCAAGAUCAUGGGCGCGAGCCGUGUUGUGAGCAGCUCGAGUGCGCGCAACCUCGAGCUCUUGCGCAGCCUCGGUGCAGACGAGGUUGUCGAUUACACAGCGGGAGAUUUAGCCCAGUCCAUCGAGGCCCUGACCGAGGGCGAGGGCAAGGACAAGUUCGAUCUCGUCCUCGACGUGGCGGGGAAGGACCUCGAGCUCUACUUCCAGGCCGACAAAUUCCUCAAGGAGGGCGGGCGCUACGUGCUCGUCGGCGCGCCGACAUGGGGCGACACCUGUGUCCUACUCAAGAUAGCGCUCUUGCCCGCGUUCCUCGGUGGCGGAAAGCGGAAGUUUGAGUUCCUCCGCUUCAAGGCCGAAUCCGAGGCUCUGUCGAAUUUGCUUGGUUGGGCAGAAGAGGGCAAGCUGAAAGUCGUUGUGGACGAAAUUUUCCCCAAGGAAGAAGCCGUUGCUGCGUUUAAGAAACUGAGGGCAGGGCAUGCAAGGGGUAAGAUUCUUAUUUCCAUCGCUAAUUGA